AUCCCUUGUCAUGUGACCAAGCUGUCCGCCAUACUACUAAAUUGGGAAUCUCCCUGGAAAAUUUUCACAGGGUCGAUUUUAGAAAAUUUGGACCGAGGAAGGCUUCCAUGGAAGAAAAAAGAAGCUCCGGCAGAUCCAAGCGGAUAAGAACAGCAGAAGAAGAGGGCUGGGACUGCAGCGUGUGUACCUACAGAAACUCUCCAGAAGCCUUUAAAUGUGAUAUGUGCGAUGUACGGAAGGGGACAUCCACCAGGAAACCCAGAAUAAACCCUCAAUUGGUUACGCAGCAGUUGGCGCAACAGUUUGCACCGCCUCCUCCCCCGAAGAAAGACAAAAAAGAGCUCGGCGGCAGAAAGAAAGAGCAUGGUGUGAAUGGACUGAAAAAGCUCCCACGACUGAAGAAUAUUGAUCGCAGCAGUGCUACGCACAUGGAAGUAACAGUAGGCGCAGUAACAGUAAUCAUCACAGACUACAAACCAAAAGAAAGGAAUCUCUCUUCAGAAACAAACAAUAACAGUAACAAUAAUAACAAAAACAAGUUCGGCAACAGUGACGGGAAUAGCACAUCUAAUAACAGUAGCGAUGCAGAGGACAGCAAUGACUCUGUGGAUACAAUAGAAUAUGACCAAGAGGACAUAGCGGAGGAAGCAUAAAUUGUCUGGACUGUUUUAGUUAGCUACAGUGUGAUUGAUUCAUCUGGGGAAUUCAGGGAAGGUUGGAUAAACGUCAACUCUUGGCUACAAUCACAGACAACACACACAGUUGGGGCCAUGUUGACCUGUCAGUUGGACCAUUGUUGACCUGUCAGUUAGGCCAAUGUUGACCUGUCAUUUGGGCCAAUGUUGAUUUGUCAUUUGGGCCAGUGUUGUCCUGUCACUUGGGUCAAUGUUGGCCUGUCACUUUGGCCAGUGUUGACUUGUCACUCAGGCCAAUGUUGACCUGUCACUUUGAUGAGCUGUCUUCUGGGUCAGUGUUAUAUGAGAUUUAGCCAAUGUUGUGCUAAUGUGACCAGUGGACUUGAUCCAGGUUGGGUUUCUGAUUAUCUGACAACUGGGUACAUUUUGGAAUGAAUGAGAUCCAUGUCUUAAGCCAAGGCUGGGCCAAUGUUGACAGGCUGACUGGGCAAUGUUGGGUCAAAGUUGACUUGUCAGCUUGCCUGUUGGAUGGGCAAUGUUGACCUGUUGGAUGGGCAAUGUUGGGCCAAAGUUGACUUGUCAGCUUGCCCAAGAUGGGCUGAUGUUGACCUGCUGACUGGGCAUUGUUGGGUCAAAGUUGACUUGUCAGCUUGCCCAAGAUGGGCUGAUGUUGACCUGCUGACUAGGCAAUGUUGGGCCAAAGUUCACUUGUCAGCUUGCCCAACAUGGGCUGAUGUUGACCUGCUGACUGGGCAAUGUUGGGCCAAAGUUCACUUGUCAGCUUGCCCAACAUGGGCUGAUGUUGACCUGAAGGCUGGUCCCAUAGUAGGUCAAGGUUCUUCUGUGUUGAGUCAAUUUUAGGAGCUAUUUGCAUUAAUUUGGAUAAUAUGAUAAGGAAGAUGUGUGGAAAAAGUAUAUUCAUUUUGAUCUUGACUAGAAUUUUUUGUGUCCAUUUCUUAAAGCUCACUUUCAUAAAUAUGGUAUGAUUUCAGUGGAUAAUGAUAAUUCUGUCAUUUAAUGUCAUCAUCCAAGAUCAUGUGAUGUAGCUUGCACAGUUCCCAGUAUUUCCUAGAACAAAAUUCAGUUUAUUUAAAAAAAUUAUGUCGAUUUUUAAAUUUCACAAGCACGGCAUUCAGGUCAAUUAUGAUUUAGACUCUUCUCUUUAAGAUCAAAUAUUACCAGGAUACAUUUCAUAAAGAUUUGAAUAAUAUUAUAAUAUAUAUGUUAAUGUAUAUAAACACUUUAAUAUAAUUAUGAAGUAAUAUAAGUUUAAAUACAUGGUGAUGAGAGAUGCGCUAAAGAACGUGUGAGGCACCUGUUAUAUAGCACAAUAUUCUGUGUGUGCUGUAUACUAUAUGGGAGUCUUCAGCAUCCUCCACUGAUCAAUCCCAUUGUGAUAAGUUUAUAUUGAGAAAUCCAUAGCAGCAUUGUCAAAGUUUCCCAAGGUCGAAAUGAUACUGACAGGUGCUUUGAAAUGGAGUUAGAGCUAUCACUAUCACCCCAUUCUCAUAGAUUAGAUCGACCUACAUUGGAUCGACCUAACUCCCUGGGGGUUCACGCUAAAUAGCUGU